AUUGACAGUUAAUGUUGGAUGCAAUAAUCAUACAGCUUGCAUGACGACUUUUAAACUGAAUGCUUCAUGUGCAAGGGAAAAAGAAUAUGCUUUUUCCCAGAUUUCUUAUAAUUGCAGCAACAAGACAUCAGUCGUUUCAGGCAAGUACAUUUAAGAAAACCUUUCAACUAUUGACAACACAAUAUUUAUGGAAAUAAAUACUUUAUUUCAAUUUAAAGAAAAAAUUAUUCAUUUUUGUUUCUAUACUCGUAAAUAUGUUCAUAUUUAUCCUUGCAGAAUCUUAAACAUUAUUCAUUUUUGUUGAAAAACGUAAACUUAAACUUUUGUUUGGAUAAUUGUUAUAGUUACAUUUGAUUCUAAAGCUGUUGUUGUCUAACAUAUUUGAAUAAAACAGUUUUGCAAACCUAGAAAUGGCCUGAGGAUUUGUCGUUACAGAGGCUAUAUUUACUUUUUUAUAUGACUAUAACCAUCAAACCAAAUGUAUGCUUUAGAUAAGACAUAGAUAUGUUUGUAGUUAUAGUCACAUACAUAUAUACUUAUAGUAUCUAAUAUGGAUUUUAAUUAAAGUUAAAUCAAGGGUAGUAGCAGAAACACACACGGACAAAAACUAUUGAAAAAGCACACCCAUGUGCUCUUCAAACUUUAGAUGUAUUUUAUUUCACAUCCUUAGCGUCUAAUUAAAGUUGUUUUUCAUAAGAAGGAAGGAAAUUCUUCAGUGAUUACGCAUCCAGCCAACAUAGGCAUGUAUGGAUCCAUAAAACGGAUGCAGACACCCCUGUUGGUAGUAACGCCCUUGUAGUCUCAUGAAACUACGGAAGGAGGAGGAGAAAACAAAUGAAAUAUUAAAAUAUUUACUUCUUACACAUAUCUAAGGAAUAAUUCUUAAACAAGAAAAGGAGCAAUUAUUUAUCCACGAUAGACUAAGUGUCGUUGUAAUUAUUUAGUAUUGAUAAUCCUCAGCUAGAAGAACCCAAAGCGAAGAAUGUAUGUAGUUGUUACUUAUGACAAUGUACCAUAUAUAAUUCUUCACCUAGAAGAUCCAAUUGUAGGCAAGAGGAAUUUAUUGAUGUUAGACUCUCAUAAAUCGAUUAUGAAGAUUGCUCUGUAAUUUGUAUAUUUAGUAAUCACCUACGGAUAUAUGACAAGUAAGGAAUGAAAAUAAAUAUAUAUGUUAUGUGUAUAUUUGGUACAAAUGUAAGGAUAGCCAUGAUGAGCAACUAGCUACUUUUAUUCUUCGUUUGAAAGAUAAGUUUAAUUUUUCACUGAAAAGCAUUAAAAGUUUUAUUUCCCCUCUUUAUGGAAUGCCUUAGAAACAAAAAGCACUGUCUUUAUAUUGGUAUAACGAAUUAACUUCAGUGUAAAAUUAUAGUUUAAUAAACAGAAACACGGAAGAUGUAAUAUUAUAGAAUAUGUUAGCAUUCAAAUUUUCAUCAAACUUAUGACGUACUAAAAAGGAUUCUUCAUAAGUUGUCUUUUUUUUUCUUCUUUUGUAAUUGUUUUUUUUUUCAAUUUUAAGUCAGAGAUGAUCUUUAAAUUAUACACACUCAUCAUUCCAUAAUACAAUUUUGUUCCAAAUUUAUAGCUAUACAUGAUUUGCCUAUUCCUCAUUCAUUUAAAGAUUAUAUAUACAUUGGCUUCAAACAAAAUAUGUAAAUAGACAUAAUAAUCAACUUAUUAUUUUCCAAGAAACAAUUUUAACUAGAACUUUAUACGCAAACCUCAGUGUUAUACAAGAGUAAACUGUCUGAUACUGAAUUUUGUAGUUUCUGUACGUUUCUGUACAGAAACUCGAGAGACUGCCAUACACCUUUGCACUUUUACCAAAAGUUUAUGAUUUGAAAAACAUUUGUGACAUGGAAUUACUAAUUUCAGCAAAAGCUUUAACUCAUGCAGAUGUUGAUCUGAUUAUGGUACAAAUAGCAUUAUUCUAAUAAUUGAACAUUGUAUAUAUAUAUGUAAACUUAACGGUAACAACCCUGCAUCUUUUGGUGCUAUUGGAACGUACGUGAGAAGAUGGAAGAUUCAAACAUUUAGCUAAACCUAAAUCAUUUGAUUGAUUGUAAGACUUGAACAUGUUUAAGUCAAUCAAAAAAAAAUCCUGCUGUCUUAAAAUCACAGUUUCAAAGUCGUUUUGUGCUCAAGCUGUUUAGUUGUGCAUGACACUUUACUUAAUAAGUAAUAUAUAUUUAAAAAAAAAAUAUUAAACGAAAAACCUACCGCAAAUGACGAUGUUUCAUUACGUCUUUUUAUACAAUUAUGUUAUACCUAUUGUUCAUCUGUACAUAUUUUCUGUUUUUCUGCUUUAGAACUGUCACCUAAAUGUAUACCAGUUAACGAAACAUAUUCGAUUACCUGUGGACAAAAUAUAAUACAAAGCAAUUCUUCAGGCAUACAGUUGUAUCCGUCGUAUGUAGGAGGAUGUCUCAAUGCCGUGGGAGUCCCCAUUCACAUAAGUAAUAGUUGCAAUAACGUCACAGACUGCGACGUAAAUUUGUUACACUUAGUAUCAAAUCAUUCAUGUAUGGAAGUUCACACCAAACUACUUAAAAUUGACUACACAUGUGCACAAGAUUCAUCGUAUACUAAAGGAAGUGUUACUUCUGGGAAGAAUCCUCUUCAGAUGUCAAUGUCAAAAACAGGAACAACAACUAUGUCAUCUCAAUCUCAAGCAAAGUCUUCCACACAAAAGCACGAUGAAUAUUUGUCAGAUAGGACUACAAACACCGUUCCUACACAUGGUACUAAAUCGACCGGAGAUAAAUUAAAAGGCAAUGGUGGGUCUACCGUGGCAAUUGUCGCUGGUAUCAUUGGUGCAGUGCUGCUUGUUGUGUGCAUGGUUAUUGUUUGUUGUUGUAUACGAAGGUGGCGGAUAAAAACACACAAGAACAUAAAACGGUCACCCAGUCGACAUAAUUCAGUCAAAGAUUACACCGGCAUACAAAUGAUCGCAUAUCCCGACGACAUUGCCACAAAAUCCGAGGUGAAAAGUCAUCCAAAUGACAUCGUUACCGAAAAUAGCAAAAAGGACCAUUCACAAGACUUAGAGCUGAACAGGAUAAACAAUGGGACAGUUGAUAAUGGAAGUGCGUAUUCUUUAGCCAAGCCAAUUUUAAAUGACCCGCACUUGUCUGAUAUGAAAAUUGAAAUGACUGAAACAGAUAACGGUUACAGUAUGGCAAAGCGAAUUUCGAAAUUAAAUACAAAUCCAAACGAUCCCCCAUACAGUUUACAUCUUACCACAAUCAACAGCUAUGAGGAUUCCCAAGAGGGCGUGUAUGAUCAAACAAAAAACGGACGAUACGAGAAGGAUACUGAUGUCUAUGAUAGAGCUACUGAUAGUACCUAUGAUACAGCUCAUGGUACAAAACAACAUAUGGGCGAUGAGGAUAAUGCAUAUGACCAUUUCACAGGUCCUAAGACAACUGACAACUACGAGAUUGUAACAAGACAUAAUAAUAAAGCCAUCUGUGAUGAAACGUAUGGUGUAAACUAAAAAAUUGAAAAGUUGCAUAAUAUACUUAUUUUUUGUUUUUAGUUGAUCGAUGAAUUCUUAAUACAUGUAAUAGUAGAUACAUAUUAAGUAAAAAUAAAAUAAAAAUCUAAACCUACACAACAUACUAUUAAAAUGUCAUAAUGUCAUUUUUGUUUGUACAGAACAUUCCUAUUUUUUCAACUAUUAAGUUAUUACAUGUAUUUUGAGAUAAACUUUUCUUUGGCAUAGACACGAUUUUUAUUUUAUGUUCAUAUCUUAAUAUGUUACAUUUUACAUGUGUUGCGCAUGGUUAUGUAAAGAGGGAAAUUUAAAAUGAUUUUUAAAUCGUAUUGCUUAAUAUCAUUUUAGAUUGAAAUGAGUAUAUAUGCAUGAUAUCUUCAAUUUAAUGAAUGAUAAAUAAACAAAUUAUAAUCAUUAUCAAUGUAGAAUGCAUUAUUAAUGUCUGACCUGUUAAUUAAUAAUAACAAUAAUAACAUUUUAUUAUAAAAUAAUUUUCUCAUUUACUAAUAAUAAUACAUUUAUAAAAUAAAUGAGACUCGCAUUUUAAUGACGUAACAAUGCAUAAAUGGCCUCCAAUCCCAAGGAAAUUUAUUACCCACUCUCAUUUUCUAUUUUUAUACAGUGAUCGCUACUUCCGAAUUCACAAUAAAUUUUCUCUGGUAAGCCUUUGGUUGAAAAGUACGGUUGAAUUUAUAAAUAGUAUUAGCUUGCAAAACUUGGCCUUUUUGACUGUUUUGUGAAUAUCAUAUGGUAUCGUUAUGCAUGUACAUCUUUUCAUUAAAGUUUUGAUGAUUUUG